UCCCUGCUUGGUCCUCUGAGUAACUCACACACACACACUUAAACUCCAAAAGGCACGCUCACACAGUCGUACUGAGUCCCAGUGGUCGGCUGAGGGGUGCUGGCGUCCUCUUAGCUGCCUGGAUGGAGCGCUGCAGCGUGCUGCAUGGAGAACCUGUGCUCUGACAGCAUCCCUUCACACUGACUGGAAACCUCAGCAGUCUGCUUGAUCAUGGACUUAGGGAGAGUUUGGUCCAGAUAUCAGAGGACGGUGCUCAUCACCAUGAUGAUGUUCAAACUGGGCCUACUGUGUACAGCAGCAGCAGACAAGUGUUUAUCAUCUCCCUGCAACAAUGGUGCCACAUGUCUCGACCACCUGGGGGACUAUGUGUGCCUCUGCCCGAAAGGACCUGUAUGGUACAUGGGAAAAAACUGCGACGAGCUGUAUGACGCCUGCAUCCUGGCACCUUGCACCAACUGCACCAGCUACCCUGGGACUGAUAAGUUCACCUGCCACUGCCCAGACGGCUUCACAGGGCACAACUGCACCGAGGAUAUAGAUGAAUGUCAGAGCAACCCCUGCAAGGGUGUCAAGUCCUAUUGUGUCAACGGAGUCGACGGUUAUUUGUGUCAUUGUCCCAUUGGGUUUGGAGGGGAGGACUGCCAGGACAACGUGACCGCCUGCUCAGAGGAAACAUGCCACAAUGGUGGUGAAUGUAUGGACAUCCCUGACGUUGGGCCUCGGUGCCAGUGUGCUGCUGGGUACCAGGGAACACACUGUGAGGAAAACAUUGAUGAGUGCCAGUCUGAGCCCUGUCAGAACGGAGCCAUCUGUAAAGACGGGGUCAACGCCUACCAGUGUUUCUGUGUGCCUGGAUUUCAAGGUUACCACUGUGACCUGAACAUCAAUGAGUGUGCUUCCCGACCCUGUCAGAACAACGGAACAUGUUUGGAUGAGGUGGAUCACUACAGGUGUGACUGCGCUCCAGGCUUUAAAGGGAUUAAUUGUGAAGUGGAGAUCGAUGAGUGUGAGGUCCUUCCCUGCCAGAACGGCGCCACCUGCCGAGACCACGUUGCCAUGUACUUGUGUGACUGCAUGGCCGGCUUCCAGGGCCAAAACUGUGAAGUCAACAUUGAUGAAUGUGCCAGCAUGCCUUGUCUGAACGAGGGCAAGUGCAUAGAUGGGGUCAACAGCUAUGAGUGUGACUGUGAGGGGACGGGGUUUGUAGGUGACCACUGUGAAGAGGAUGUUCCUGAAUGUGCUUCUGACCCCUGUCAGCAUGGAGCCACAUGCUUGGAGGGAAUCAACCGCUACACAUGCCUCUGCUGGCCAGGAUACAAGGGAGAGAACUGCCAAAUAGAUACAGAUGAGUGUGAGCAGCAUCCCUGUCAUAAUGGGGGUGAGUGUUUUCAGCGCUCAAAUGUCCAGAACUAUGGGAUGCUUCCUGAACUCACCACAGCCGAUUUCAGCUAUGAAACGGCUGCUGGCUUCAUCUGCCACUGUCUGCAAGGAUUCACCGGAGACAACUGCUCAGUCAAUGUGGACGAGUGUGAGUCUGCUCCGUGUCAGCAUGGAGGAAGCUGUCAGGAUCUGGUCAACUCUUAUCAAUGUGUUUGUCCAGAUGGCUUCACAGGCGUACACUGUGAGGUGGACAUAGAUGAGUGUGACAGCAGUCCUUGCCAGAAUGGUGCCACGUGCGAAGACGCUGCCAACUCCUAUCGGUGUCACUGCUCCCCGCCAGAGCCCGGCCAGGAGCCCUGGGGUGGGCGAGAUUGUGACGUCAGGUUGGUCGGCUGCCAGCAGCACCAGUGUCAGCACGAAGCCGGCUGUGUCCCCAUCCUGACCGACGAUGGCGUGCACAGUUACACCUGCCUGUGUCCGCCUGGCUGGACUGGAGAACGCUGCAACACCUCCACCACCUUCUCCUUCAACUCCGAGGGCUACGUCCACAUGCAGCUGCCUGUUUUGAAGAACAAGACAAAGAAAGAGACGGAUGACUACAACCAGGGGCUCCACAUGCAGCUUCGAUUUAGGAGCACUCUGCCCAACAUGUUGCUGUACUAUCGGGGCACCCUGGAGCGCUUCUUCUCCCUGGAGCUUGCUGAGGGCUCCCUCCAGGCCAAGGUGAAAUCAGGGAAGGUCCUGCAGGCCACUUACCCCGGCCCAGUCAAUGAUGGAGAAUGGCACCAGGUCACUGUGACCAUGGAUGAAAGACUGGUUCUGACAGUGAAAGGACCUGGCUGUGAGGAGGGAUGCCAGGUGAAGAACGAGGGUCACAACCAUCUCAUCUUUCUUCAGCCCAGCUCCUUUCAACAGCUGUACAUAGGAGGGGCGCCACAGGAAUAUUUGGUCAACUUGUCCAGUGGAAAUGGAUUCCUCGGCUGCAUGGAAGACCUUCAGGUUGACCGUAAGCUGCUGCUGCCUCAGGACCUCAUCAGAGAGGAGAAUAAGGGGUUGGAACUGGGAUGUACCAAAAAAGACUGGUGUGAGGAUGACCCAUGCAUGCAGCAUGGACAGUGUGUGGACAUGUGGGUUAAUGCCAGCUGCCAGUGUCAUCGACCCUACUACGGACAACACUGUGAAAAAGCGUUCCCAGCCUGGACACUUGGCCACGAGAACACCACCAGCUAUUCUGCCUUCAACAUCUCUGAAACGCAUGGAGACAACUUCACCGUUUCCUUCUUAAUGCGCUCCCUCAAACAUAACGGCCUGCUCCUACAGUUCUGUCGAGAAGAAAAGCCCUACUUGACAAUCUACCUAAAGGAAGGCACUGUUGCUAUCUACAGCCCCCACACCACACUGUUGACAGAAGCCCAGUUAGUCACGGAUGGGAACAACAAUUUGGUGACCAUAAAGGUUAACUAUGGCCACGUGGUCUUCCCCAAGGCGGGGAAUCAUCGAUCCUUAGGGAACGUGAGUAUAGAGGCCGGGGAUGUAGUGUAUGUUGGAGGGCUGCCUGCAGGCAAGAACAUGAACGCAUGGGGUGGAAAUUUCAAGGGCUGUCUACAGGACAUUCGGUUGGACCACAAGCAUCUGGCCACUGAGGGCCAUCCAGAGGGGGUAGAGGUUUACCAAGCAAGCACAGAGGAGAAUAUGCUGCUGGGAUGCAAAAGUGAUAACACAUGCAAGGAUGAGCCCUGUUUCAAUGGUGGACAGUGUCAGGUCACCUGGAAUGACUUCAGGUGUAACUGCUCCAUUAAGUACUCAGGCCAGCUGUGUGAGACACGUUUGUGGUGCAUCGACAAGCCUUGUUUUGAAGGAGUACGCUGUGUGGAUCUACAGGAUGGUUAUGAAUGUCUAACUGAAGCCAUUUUUCAGGACAACUCUCUCCAGUAUGUUGCCAACAGCUCCCUGUUGACCCCUGUAACCAACAUCACCAUGGACCUACGAACGCGGGAUGAGAAUGGGAUCUUGUUACGGGCCGAGAGCAGAGCUGAAGUCUUCUGCCUUGGCCUGCUCAACUCUAGUCUGCUGGUGAAGCUGGACAGCGGGGCAGGUGCAGAGCUGCUGGCCUUUACAAGUGACAGGACCAUCGCUGACGGGGCGUGGCACCACAUCCAGCUCACCAUGGCAGAGCCUACACAGCUAGUGUCCCGCUGGCGCCUCACAGUCGAUGGGCUGAGAGCUGGUGGCACCUUUGGAGUUAGCGGCAACCUCAACUUCCUCAAUGACACCAACAUCUGGCUUGCAGAAAAAUACACCGGAUGUUUAGGGGAGGUGAGAGUGGGUGGUGUCUAUCUGCCACUCAUAAAUGUACAAGAAGCACCUCAGAUGAGCCGGUUCUCUCGACUGGGCGGACAUGAACCAAUCAUAGGAUGUCAAGGUGCCCCAAUUUGUGAUUCCCAGCCUUGUCUCAACCAGGGCGUGUGCCAGGACCAGUUUAAUGAGUUUAACUGCAGCUGCAGCCCUGGCUGGGAGGGGGAGCUGUGUGAAACAGAAAUAAAUGAGUGUUCUUCAGCUCCCUGUGUCUAUGGUACAUGCAAAGACCUCCUGGCUGACUACCGGUGUGACUGCGAGCCUGGAUACACAGGGAAAGACUGUAAGGAGGAGGUGGAUAACUGCCUGGAGUUUAGCUGUGUGAACGGAGGACUCUGCCUGGAAACGGUGGGAACUCACACCUGUUCAUGUCCUCCUGGAUACAUCGGCAAACGCUGCCAGUGGCGUUUCCCUCCAGUUGCAUGUGAUGCAAACACAAAAUGUCUUAAUGGAGGGGUUUGUAUAGGAGCUGACUCUGGAGGCAACUGUACCUGUAAGCCUGGAUACACAGGUGGCAGGUGUGAGACAGAAAUAGACGAAUGCGAGUCCAGUCCUUGUCUCAACGGCGCCACCUGUCUGGACAGACUGAACCACUUCCAGUGUGUGUGCAUGCCGGGCUACAGUGGCAUACAGUGUGAGAGCAACAAAGAGGAACAUAAGGAGCGGAUUCCUUGGUUGGCAGUGACCAUCCCGCUGACCACUCUGUGUGUCUUACUGGCCAUCCUGGUGGUGUUUUUCCUCAUCAUGACGGCACGAAAGAAGCGUCAGUCAGAGGGCACGUACAGCCCCAGUUCACAGGAGGUAGCUGGUGCCAGGCUGGAAAUGGGCAGCGUCCUCAAAGUGCCCCCAGAGGAGAGGCUGAUCUGAGGCCUGAUGCCUCGCCUCACAGCUUUACAUCCAGAGGAUGUGUACAGGUAUGGGUGGAGAGAACAUCUGUUUUGCAGUGUUAUACUGCUUUGCCUUCACUCGCUACUGAAAAGAUAAUGAGGAUAAACCACAGACGGAUCCUCUGCCUGGAAAAUACUACUGACGUUGGAGCCUCAGAGGUGGACAGGUCAAGACCAGAGGGUGAGAGAGGCUGACUAUCCGGUUGGGUAGAAUGUGGUCAAAAGAUGCUUUGACCCUAGAAAUCCCUUUGAAAAGUUGAGUCCCAGACACUGUCUCAAGCACUAUUUUGAAACUGAAAUGCUGUGAUAACCUCAAUGCAGUCAUAGAAAGGAAACUAGUUCAUCCUUGAUGGUUUAACAAAGUAAGAGCUGUAACCCCUGGUUCUGCUUUCAACAAUAAAAAGAGGAAUGUGUAUGUGUACUGCAUGCCAGGGGAGCCCCUUCUUUACCAGCAUACGCCUUGUAGUAUUAUCCCUUACAUACACGCAGGGGUGUCUCAUUAAUAGUUACAUUUUUGGGAGGCAGAUUCCAUUUUCGAGCCUGGCUUCCUCAAUCACAGGUUCCUUGGUAAUGCUAAUGCUAGCUGACUCCAUCUCUUCCACUAUAAUGGGUCUGUCCACUGUGAUUUCAGCCAUUUGUCUAAAGAAUGUAGUUUUCAUUAAAGCCUCAUUUUUCCUUUGCAAAAUCAGAAAUUGUACAGUGUUCACAUGUUCAAUAUUUGUAAUGUAAUACCUGACCCAUGGGGAAAGAGCAUUCUGAAGGUAAAGAUAGUGUUAUUUAGUCAUAAGUCUGCAGGUUUUCCUUAAUCCAAAGAGUCCACCAGCUUCUCUCACUCCUUAUAAAAGCAGUCUUUGAUGUGACUUUAAACAUUCAGACUGUUCAUUUGAUUGAAUGUGAUCCCAGAACACUCAACUGAAUAAGUGGAUGGACGUCAAAACUGCUGUAGUAUAUUGUCAGUGUGCACUGUAUGACUCAAACGGUUAAUCACUGUGUAAUUAUGCUGUGAGUGUUUUAUCGUGUGUUGUAUGUAAUCUUCUGAGCUCCAGUCACUGUAAUUUUUUUUGUAAAGUUUUCAGGGGGAACAGUAUUUAAUUGUAGAAGUCUUAUGGCUGUGGUCUAAGUCGGUCACAUCAGUAUUUGUGGACAUAAACAGCUUCCAGUAUCAGAGAGAAAAACAUGAAAAAGGGAAAAAAUGUCUUUAAUAAUGUCUACACUGGAUUUACCAUUAAUUUAAUGUUAUCUUCAUUGAAAAGAAUAUUCUUUUUCGUUCAAACAUAAGGUGUGUGUGGCAUUUUGUUGAAUCUAUACAAUGAGACUGAUCCUAUCAUCUCACUCUCUAAAAGAGAACAAAGUAUUGUAUUCCCCAAAUGUUUAAGGUUUAAUAUCAAUAAACUACAGUCAAGUUAUAAUCAUAGUUGUGGAGUUACACAUACAAACCUUAGGCCUGGCUACAUGAAAAUGUUUCACAAAUACUGAUCAGGCUGACUUUGACAUUGGGAGUAAUGUAAAGAACUACUUAUUAGAAUUGAAGAAUUCGGAGAGUGUGAAGCCGCUGCACUCACUUCUGUACUCCAGGACGUUAACCUGCCCACUUGCCUUUCACUCUGUACUCACCAGUGCUGCUAAGCUUUCAAAACCACUCAACCAGGAUGCUUUAACAGUUAAUGAAAGGUGCUGGUCUGAUAUAAAUUCAGUCUGAUGCACUGUUUCACAUAGAAAGAUAGAAUUAUUUGUGAAAAAGGGAAGCAAUGUGCAAGUCACAGCUGAAUAUGAAUUAGAACAACACCGGUCAAUACUAUUGAGUAUAUGUCGUUUUAAAGGGGCAAUAACUAGAAUUUUGAUCAUGGUGCAUGGAGCCAAAUGUUGCAAAGUAAUAAAACUGCCUGGAUGAACUUUUACCCCUGAGAAAGUUCUUGGGAAAUCUUGGGAACUCAUGAGCCAACAUCAAAGUUCGACCUUGUGGCUAAAUUGAGAAAAUCCCUGCAGCUCACUUCCAAACAAUCAGUUAUAAUUUUAAAAAGUGAAAACUGUUAGAGGAACACAUUAAUGCCCAUGGUUCUGGACAAGAAUGAGAUGCUCAGCAGAGUGGAAUGAUUUGGACGUCCACAUCUUUGUUAUGUUUUAUGAAAGUUUAAAGAGUGGAAAAAGACAGAAAUUGCACAUUUCCUGAUCUUUUUGUCUCAGAUCUUUUUGGAGAGUCAAGUCCUCUUUGGAUUUCAGUGACACCUUCCCCAUUUUAGCUUGUACUUAUUGCAGAGCAUAAUAGAGGGGAAAUUUAGGGCUUCAUGCCUUGUAUGACGAAAAAUAACAUACUUAACAUAACAUACUUCUUUAUUAUUUGUCAGAUGAAGCCUUACUUACACCUGACAAGUCUGUCCUUCCUUUAAAACAGACGUACAUUACAGAAAGACUUUCAGUUUUAAUUUAAGACGUUUUCCAGUAAAUAGAAUGUGCAAAACUUUUCAAUUUUCACAGCAUUUUUCCAACACAACAAACUUAAGCUGCCAUGAAUAAACAUGUCCCUGGUAACUUUUACAACACAUGUCUUACAGCCACUACUUUACGGGUCAGCCUUUAAUGUAAAGAAACAAAAAACAACAGGAAAUUUUAUUAAUGAAGGCUCAGCAUCGAUCAGGAGUGUGGAAAAGAAGAAAUGACUGAAGUGACAAAAUAAUGAAAACAGAAAUUCAGCAGCAAAGUGGUGAGCAUGUCAUAACCGUAACUCUGUGCUGAUGGAGAUGGUGCUGUGGAGAAAAAUAAGCAGUUAUUUUUGAUUAUUAUUAGUGAAGUUGUUUCCUUUUACAGGCUGUCUGUUUAAUAAAGGUCAGAAAUCAUGAAAUGCCCCUUUAAAAUGACUGCAGGGAAUGUACAUGUAUGUGCAUAAUGCAAUGCUCGUAUGUGCCUUCAUGUUCUUCUGCGUCCAUGUCAGCCAAGCAUGCUGUGAUGUUUUUUGUUCUUGCUCAGGUGAAUUAAAGCCUUCGUGAAGAGGCCACUGGCAGUCAAAGUGUAUCUCUGCUCAAAUAUUCACGUGUUCAAUAAUAUUACGGUACUAUACCAGCAUAAAGUAUUAAACAAUUCUGUGACUUAAUAUUAUAUACAGGCCAGAUACAUAUCCUAGCUAGUUACAGAAUGGUAGUGUUUUACACUGGAGUUGUUUUUUAAAUAAAUCUGUACCAUGUACAGCUCACUGUGGGUCAGUACAUGAGGAGUUUUACUCCACUGCAUCACAUGGUCACUUCAGGAAAUAUUAAUGAUUUCCUGGAGUUGUUCAAUAUCAUUUAGUUUGUGACUAAUAUUCAGGUUCUGACUGACCGGAAUGAUCAAACUGCUGUUCCUGGGGUGCCAGUCGUUUCUAUGACAAUGCCAAUGUUUUCAAAAAUCUCGUUUUGGAAUAAAACUCCUCAUUAGUACUGAGUACACUUGUCUAUAUGAAGAAAAUACUAUUUGUGGUUGACGUAAGGCGUAUGCUUUCAAUGUCUGUUGAUAGUUACGUUGUACGUUUGUGUAUAUAGGGGAAAAGUUGCUUAAGGUGGAAUAAAAGUUGUGCAUAUUAAAUGUGUUUUACACAGUGUUCAAGUGAAAAUAAACACAAUGAAAUGAAUAA